AUGGAGGUUAUAGCUGAUGUCGCUACAGUGUUUGACCCGACAACUAUCAAACAGGGUGAAGGGCAUCACUCUCGUGUCGGGAUCGUCACAUAUGGGGAGAAGGCCGAAGCGCGGUACCAACUGAACGCUUUCAAUUCCGCAGACGAUUUCGUACAUAAGAUUUGGGAAAUUGAAACAGCAAAAGAUAAUUCAAGUGAUUUGAGAGAUGCUUUGAUGGUGGCCGAAAAGGUACUGCGGGACGGUCGUCCAAAGGGAGGCCAUUAUGAGGACGCUAGGCAGUUGGCAGAGCAAAUCAAGAUCGGUGGAACAGACAUCAUUGUCAUUGGUUUCGAUCAGUACGGCAAACCUAAUGCUUUGGAACAAAUCAGAAAGGAAAUUCAAAGAGAUAUCGGGCAUUAG